CUCGUUAUCUUUUUUUUUUUCCUUCUUUGCCUUUUUUUAUUUUUAUUGAUAAUGCUUAGAGUACCUUUACAAAGAAAUUUAUCAAGAAUCACAACCCAUUGCAACAAAGUACAGCACAGACUGAUUUUCCGAAAAACAACAUGUCAAAGUGUACUGUCUAAAGCAACAUUAGCACACAAACCAGCACUCUAUGUGAUACCAACUACUGCAUUAUCAGCUGCAACACCCUUUUACCUUCACAGUAAACAUGAUAAAGCUAUUAGGAUAGGGUCGAUUGAUCACCCGGCAACACCUCAAGAGAUAGAAAUAGCCGAAGCAAAUUAUGAGUCAGAGUAUCUUAUUGUUCGCCUUUGUCUCCGGGUUGUAAAACUAUUGGACGAUUGGAUAAUUGAACCAGUGUUGACUCUAAGACGUUUAGCACACAUUUUGAUAUUAUUCAUCCCCAUAGUCCUUACAGCGCCAUCUGUUUAUUUUGGCAAAUAUAAUCCUAUCGAAGGUGAACGUUCAGGGACACUAUGGUGGUUUGAUUUCCUUGCAAAGCAAAUGGAAAGAGCGGGGCCAACGUUCAUUAAGCUUGCUCAAUGGAUCGCAUCACGCACCGAUCUAUUCCCGCUUGCUCUAUGCAUAAGACUGUCUAAACUACAUUCGAACGUUGAUCCUCAUCCAUUUAGUUAUACAAAAAGAGUUAUAGAGGAAUCUUUCGGAAGACCACUUGACGAAAUCUUUUCAGAACUUGAUCGAGAGCCUCUAGGUGUUGGCGCUAUUGCACAGGUGUAUAAAGCCAAGUUACGGCCACAGAUAAUCCUAGAACACGAAAUAGAGAGAGCUGCGCUCCAAAAUAAUGUGAUCACGGCGGAUACCGUCCAGACAUCGGAUGAAAAAGGAAGACCUAUCAAUUUGCAUACCUCUGUAGCCAUCAAAAUAUUACACCCUAAAGCAAGACAGAUCGUUCAGCGAGAUUUGAUUAUUAUGGAUUGCUGUGCUCGAUUGUUAACCCUGAUACCAACUAUCCACUGGCUCUCUUUACCAGAUGAGGUCAGGGUAUUUGGAGAGAUGAUGAAAGAGCAGCUGGAUUUAAGAGGAGAGGGUCGCAAUUUGGCUAGAUUUAAUCAUUACUUUAAAGAUACGCGUAAUGUCAAAUUUCCUCGGCCAUUACUCGCAUUUACGACCAAAGACAUGUUAUUGGAAGAAUACGAACAUGGUGUCCCGCUUGAUAUAUUUUUGGCCCAAGCAAUAUAUACAAGGAAAAACAAUGAAAACAACUCAUUUAAUGAAAAACUCGCACAUAUCGGCCUAGAUGCCUUCUUACACAUGCUUAUAGUGUAUAAUUUUGUUCAUGCAGACCUUCAUCCCGGAAAUAUCAUGGUAAAGUUUUACAAGCCUGAAGUGUACCAUCCACUACGAGCAGCAUGGGCCAAGCUAUUAGGUAGAGAAUUAAAAGACGAAGGAGAAAAGGCAGUUGAGCGUGUCUUGUCCGUAAAGAAUGAUCCAGCUGCGAUGCAAAAUGAGUUGGAGGCGUUAAAGCAAGAAGGAUAUGCUCCUAAGCUUGUUUUCAUCGAUACUGGACUAGUGACAGAAUUAAAUACAGUCAAUAGAAGGAACUUUUUAGAUUUAUUUCAAGCGGUAGCCACAUUUGAUGGAUAUAAAACAGGCGAACUAAUGGUAGAGAGAAGUCGAUCACCCGAACAAGUUGUUCAACCAGACGUAUUUGCUCUGAGGAUGCAAAACCUUAUCCUUGGUUUAAAGCAAAGCACGUUUAAUUUAGGAGCAGUAAAAAUUGGUAACUUAUUACAUGAAACAAUGAAUAUGGUUCGUGCACAUCAUGUCAAGUUGGAAGGAGACUUUGUCAAUGUAGUUGUUAGCAUUAUGCUGCUUGAAGGCAUUGGUAGACAGUUGAACCCAGAUUUAGAUUUAUUCAAGAAUGCGUUACCUGUUUUACGUGAUUAUAGCAUGAAGGAAGGAGGCAAGGCAGCGUUAGAAGAGAUCAAGAAGGAUCCAACAUUGAAAAAGGGACAUUGGAUUAAAGUAUGGAUAUUCUUAGAACUUAGAACUUACCUUAUGCGAAAUACCCGAGAGGAAGAAUGGAUGCAGCUAUGCGACAUUCUUGCUCCAAACAUUUAAAUUGUCUAUUAACUUAUUUCCUCAUGUCAUGUGGUUAAUAAAAAGCAUGUGACUAAAACCCACUGAUACAAAUUGAAUAAUACAGUAUCUUAUUUAUAUGUGUCAAGCAAU